AUGCUGAAAGAAGAAGCAGAUGAGAAAGUACUUGGAAUUUCUUGGAACAGAAAGUCAGAUACGCUGUCACUUAAAGUUGACUCUGACUUGAUGAAACUCAUUGAUGAAGAAAAGCAUCUAACAGAGAAGGUAAAACUAACCAAAAGAAGACUACUGUCUGAAGUUGCAAAGAUUUACGAUCCAAUCGGAUUGGCUGCUGCAUUUAUUAUCAGAGCUAAGAUUGGAAUACAGGAACUAUGGCAGACUGGAAUUGAUUGGGAUAUAGAAAUUCCUACAAAUAUGCGAGGGAAAUGGAUUGAACUGUUUAAAGAGAUGAAAGAGCUCAACAAUAUUUCUUUCAGAAGACCAUUGCUAACAACAGAUGUCAAAGAAAAACCAUCAUUGUGUUUGUUUUCAGAUGCGUCACAAGAAGCCUUUGGAGCAUGUGCAUACCUUCGACAGAAGAUUGAGAAUGGCAAAUUUGAUGUUAGAUUCGUUGCUGCCAAAACAAGAGUUGCACCACUAAAACAGCUAACCAUACCACGCUUGGAGUUACAAGCUGCUGUCCUUGCAUCACGUCUUGCAAAAACGAUUCAAGAAGAAUCAAGGAUCGAAUUCAAGGAUGUUAAUUUCUUCACAGACAGCUCGAUAACAUUAGCUUGGAUUCAAAGUCCAUCACGCAGUUACAAACCAUUUGUAUCAUCCAGGAUAGGAGAGAUUCAAAGCAAUUCAGACCCUAGCCAGUGGAAACACAUUCCUGGGGAAAACAAUGUAGCAGACGAGCUGUCACGAGGGAUUCAUGUACAUGAACUGAACGGAAGAUGGAUGCACGGACCAGAGUUUCUACGAACUGCGGAAGAAUUAUGGCCAACAAAAGCUAUUCCGUCGCCAGUCAAAGAAGACAGUGAACGUCGUAAAGCUACAAAAGUCUGUUUGUCGAUAAACACAAAGCCUGAAAAUGUUAACAAUUAUGACACAGUCUCCAGUUGGCCGAAGCUUAUACGAGUUUAUGCAUGGAUCAAAAGACUAGCUGAAAAUAUCAGACGCCUGAAACGUCAUGUACCAUUUAAAUAUGGACCACUGAAACCCGAAGAACUCCAGAAAUCAGAGUUGUUUCUGAUCAAAGAUGCACAAAAAAGCUUACAUAACCGUUUAAAGAAAGGUGAAUUCAAGUCACUCAGUCCUUUUGUUGACGAAAAUGGAGUUAUUAGAGUUGGAGGCAGAGCAGAUAAAGCGUUAUUGUCUUAUGAGACAAGACAUCCAGCCCUACUGCCAAGUUAUCAUAGGAUUUCACUGCUGAUAACUAGACACGUACACCAACACGGACACACCGGAGUUGCAACAACCACAGCCAAGAUAAGGAGGAAAUAUUGGAUACUUACAGGCAACAAAAUAAGCAAAUCUGUUAAAUUCAAGUGUGUGUUCUGCAGAGAAUUGGCACACAAAGCAGAAGAACAACAAAUGGGAAGCCUUCCUGCAAUUCGACUGACACCGCAAACACCACCAUUCUACUACACCGCAUGUGAUUAUUUUGGACCGUACAAUGUUAGAAUUGGACGUAAUAAAACAGCAAAGCAUUAUGGUGUCAUAUUUACAUGCUUGAGUACAAGAGCAGUUCACCUAGAGCUAGCAACCGAUUGUUCUACAAUGGAAUUUUUACAAGUACUGAGAAGAUUUUUUUGCAUUCGAGGCUAUCCAGCAGUAAUUUUGAGUGACAAUGGAACACAAAUGGUUGGUGCAGAGAGAGUUUUGAGAGAGAUGAUAGGGGAAUUCGACACUGACCAACUUCAAGAGUUUUGUGCAGGGAAAGGCAUAAACUGGAUUUUCAUCACACCGGCAGCACCACACCAAAAUGGAUGCGCAGAAGCACUUGUAAAGAGCAGCAAAAGAGCAUUAAAAAUCGCUAUUGGUGAACAAGUUUUGAGACCCUUUGAAUUAAACACUUGUUUGAUGGAAGUUGCAAACUUAUUGAACCAACGCCCAAUUGGUAGAAUUCCAAAUGAUCCAGAUGAUGGAGCCUACUUAUGCCCAAACGAUCUUCUGUUAGGAAGAGCUACCCCAGAAGUACCUCAAGGCCCAUUUCAAGAAACUAAAGACCCACGUCAAAGGGUAGAGUUUGUUCAAAAAAUUGUAAAAUCAUUCUGGAAACGAUGGAUACGAGAUGUUUUUCCAUCACUUGUUCCAAAAAAGAAAUGGCACAUGGACCGCCGCAAUGUCCAACCUAAUGACACAGUUAUUGUUGCCGAGAACAACGCAAUCCGAGGUAAAUGGAACAUUGGAAGAAUCCUUGAAGUAUUCCCGGGACCUGAUGGACGAGUGCGCAAUGUCAAAGUAAAAACAGCAACAGGAGAAUACAGUCGCCCAGUGACAAAGAUAGCAGUUAUAUGCCCAGCAGAAGGAUAUGAAUAA